AUACCCUAGUAAGUGUUUUUUAAGUAAGUUAACAUGGCUCGAAUGAACCGUCCUGCUCCUGUGGAAGUCACAUACAAGAACAUGAGAUUUCUUAUUACACAUAAUCCAACCAAUGCAACAUUAAGCAAAUUUAUUGAGGAACUUAAGAAAUAUGGAGUUACCACAAUCGUACGAGUGUGUGAAGCAACUUAUGACACUACUCUUGUGGAAAAAGAAGGCAUUCAUGUUCUUGAUUGGCCUUUUGAUGAUGGCGCACCACCGUCCAAUCAGAUUGUUGAUGACUGGUUAAGUCUUGUAAAAAUUAAAUUUCGUGAAGAACCUGGUUGUUGCAUUGCCGUUCAUUGUGUUGCAGGCCUUGGAAGAGCUCCCGUGCUUGUUGCGUUAGCAUUGAUUGAAGGUGGAAUGAAGUAUGAAGAUGCAGUACAGUUCAUUAGACAAAAGCGGCGUGGAGCUUUUAACAGCAAACAACUUUUGUAUUUGGAAAAAUACCGUCCUAAGAUGCGGCUGCGCUUCAAAGAUUCCAAUGGUCAUAGAAACAACUGUUGCAUUCAAUAAAACUGGGGUGCCUAAUGCUGUUGCCUUGGAAAUAAAAGUCGAGACGGGAUCUAAUUUGACAUACGUACUAGCCAACAUUUUGGCUAGGUGAAUAAGUUUAAUGAUGCUUCCUAAGGGUAAUGGGAUCAGUUUAGCAGGCCACAAGUUUGACAGAAUUGCAACCUCUGUUUGGAUCAUAACCAACCUGUUUGGACAUUUAGCAAAAGAUUCUUGCUGUUUAGCAUUUAAAAUGUGCUUAUCAUUUGUACCAGUUGACCUUUCCUGAAAUCAUGCAGUACUGAGUUAUAUCCUAAGUCUGUCCCAUGCCAGAAUCUUAUCAGUACACAAGAAAUUUAGAAAAUUUAGGUGCCAAGAUACCCAGCACAAUACUUGUAUAUUUACUAUCAUACAGAAUUAAAAUCCCAUGAACUAUGAACUCUCGACCUUAUGUGGUUUCUUCCUUUAGUCAUUUCAGACAUGGGAAGUAGGGACUAUCUGGUUAUUUGCUUGCUUUUACUUUAUGUUUACAUCUCCCGCAUUCCUACCAGUGUACAUCAGGUUUGCUUAACCAUUGAUUUCUUUUACCAAUUAUUAUUUAAUAUGUUUAUAUAAAUUUAUUUUUUGCUGUUAAUAGAAAACCUCCAUUUGGAAAAUCUACAUUGUACAGAAGCACAUGUCUUUAAAGUCUUCAGACAAAAAAAAAAAAAGCCUUACAGUCCAUUUAAUGUUUGCACUCAGAGGUGCAGCUUAACAGGGAGGGCCUGAAAAAAAAAAGAAUGGGAGGGGGCUAUUAAAUAUUUUUAGUAAAAUGUUGCCUUUGUCUUGUGCGGAACAUGUAGAAUAUGCUCUUUAAUUUAGUAAAUAUUUUUUUAAGAGGUAGAGAUGCUUUGUUGUAGCUUAAAAUUCUUAAUCAUAAAAUUUCUGAAAUUCCUGUAAUUUUUCCAUACUUAUCAAAAGUUGUUUACCAACUUACUUUGUUUGAAGUGUGAUUUUUUUUUUUCUUCCCAACCUCUUGGCAAAAAAAAAGUGGGUUUCUGCUUAUGGUUUGAGCAGACAUCUAAUAUUUUAUAUGCCUUUUGAGCUGUGUAACUUAAUAUUUGAAUACUUGAUAAUUUGUUUUAUUAUGUAAUUGAUAAAAAUGGUGAUGUGUAUUAAUGUUCAACCAUAUAUUUAUACUGUCUGGGAAUGUGUGGUUAUAGUUCUGUGGGAGAAAUAAUUUGUCAGUGUUCACCAGCUUGUAAAAACUUAGUGCGAGAGCUUAAACAUCUAAAUAAAUAAUGAAAUGCAUUUAUCAUUGA